GAGGCGGUGCCGGAGGGAGCUUCCACCCUGGCGUUCGUGUUUGAUGUGACCGGCUCCAUGUACGACGACCUGGUGCAAGUGAUCGAGGGGGCAUCCAAGAUCCUGGAGACGUCGCUAAAAAGACCGAAGAGACCGCUUUACAACUUCGCGUUGGUGCCUUUCCACGAUCCAGAAAUUGGUCCAGUGACAAUAACCACAGAUCCCAAGAAAUUUCAAUUUGAACUCAGGGAACUUUAUGUUCAGGGUGGUGGAGACUGUCCGGAGAUGAGCAUCGGGGCAAUAAAGAUUGCUCUAGAAAUUUCUCUUCCUGGUUCUUUCAUCUAUGUGUUUACUGAUGCACGAUCCAAAGAUUAUAGACUUGCCCAUGAAGUACUUCAACUCAUUCAACAGAAACAGUCACAGGUAGUAUUUGUGCUGACUGGAGACUGUGAUGACCGGGGUCAUAUUGGUUACAAGGUCUAUGAAGAAAUUGCUUCAACAAGUUCUGGUCAAGUUUUUCACUUGGACAAAAAACAAGUUAAUGAG